GCUGCGCCGCUGGGCGACCGAAUCGAGGCCCGGAAGCUGCAGCGGCUCCAGAGGAGAGAGUCUCCCUGGACUCGACCCCGCCCCAUCCAGGCCCCGCCCUCCAACCCUCCUGCAGCUCCGGGCACGAGGAGGCACCUCCAGGAUUGGGGCCCCCCCGGGGCUUUGGGACCCCCCCAGAACGGGUGGGGGAGGGGCCGAGGCGGCGACGGCGGACACCGAGUCAGGGUCGACUUCAAGGAGGACUGUGCCCUGGAGAACGUGUGGCUGAUGGGGGGUCUCAGCAUCGUCUCCUCCGUGCCCGUCACCACCCCUCUGGUUUGUUUGCUCUGCGCCAGCAAAGGACUCCACCAGCUGGUGCUGUGCCAGGUGUGCUGCCAGCCCUUCCACACCUUCUGCCUGGGCGCGGGGGAGGGGCCGGGGCCGGGCCAGGCCCAGACCUGGAGCUGCCGGCGCUGCAAGAGCUGCGGGGUCUGCGCCAGGAGGGGGCGCCACAACAAGCCCCUCCUGGAGUGCGGGCGGUGCCGCCGUUGUUUCCACCCGGCGUGUUUGGGGUCCAGAGCCUCCAGACCCCGGAAUUUGGGGUCCCUGCAGGGGGGGCUGCAGGAGGUGCUGGGGGGGCUCCUGAGCUCCCCCCACGGCCCCGCCCUCCUCACCUGUCAGCAGUGCCUCCGGGGUCCCAAAAUCACCCCGGGCCCUGCGACCUCCGAGCGGUUCAGGAGAGGCUGA